GACGUAUUUCCGGUGACAUGUCAGCCUGCUCUGAACCGCAUGGAUAUCGAGUCCUGCGGCAUUUAAAGACAGUUUUUUUCUUUGUCCUUCUGUUUUUAUGAUGUCCAUUUAAUUCCACAAGACGCCUAGAGGUAUUUUAACUGUCUUUCGAGGAAUGGCUGAAGUUGUUCAAGAGAAAAGUCGUGGCUUGAAGUUUGCCGAGCAGCAGCUCCUGCGUCAUGGCUGGGAACACGGUAAAGGACUGGGGCGAGCUGAGAAUGGCAUCUCAGAGGCUAUCAAAGUCAAGGUGAAAUGCAACAAAGGAGGGGUGGGCCAUAAGGAAGGGGAGCAAUUCACUUUCCACUGGUGGGAUCAUGUCUUUAAUAAAGCCUCCUCCAGUCUGCAGGUGGAGUCUGAUCAGAAUGGUAUCAAGCUAAAGAAGACGGUGGAGGAAGAUGAAGAGGAAGGAAUGAUCUCCAAUAAAAAGCCACGGAAAGCAGCGUUAGAUAAAGCCAAACUCUAUGGACGCUUUGUCAAGUCGGCCACACUGCUGUCUGGUCAGGAGCAGCCGGAGCCAAAGGCCUCAAACUCCGAGGACAGCAGCAGCUCUGACGACGAGGAGGACCAGAGAUUAGAUCUCUCCAGCACCAUCAAGCUUUCUGAUAAGGAUCUGAUGAAGGCCUGUGGAGGACGUACAGCUCAUAAAGGAGCCAGGCACGGUUUGACCAUGAGUGCCAAGUUAGCCCGGCUGGAGCAGCAGGAAGCCGAGUUCAUGGCUAAGUACGGCAAGAAGAAACAACCAGCAAAUUCUUCUCCUUCAGCGGGCAUUGCAUUGACUCCACCAACUUCACAGUUAGAAGAGAAACAGGAGGAGACAGCCGAGGAACCUCAGAGAAAAAAGACAAAAAAGAAGAAAUCUGCUGAGAGCACAAAUGACAUAAACUGUGAUGAAGCCUCUGAGAAUCCCAAAACAGACAUGAUACUGAAAAAGAAGAAAAAGAAAAGCAGUAAGAAAACAGAGGAAAUAACUGAUGCCGUUUCCACUGAUGGGGAUGUUAUCUCUGUGGAAAAUUGUGAAGCAGAAGAUUCACACAAAACAAAGAGGCAACACAAAAAGAAGAAAACCAACAGAGAACAGAAGGAAGAGGAACAAUCUUCACCUAGAGCAGAGAGUCCAGAGGAGACUACAGAGUUGCACACUGAUACUAAAGUAAAGAAGAAGAAGAAGAAAAAAUCCUUCAAACAUCAGAGUGAACCCACUGAAGAAGAGAACAAUGACACAGAAUCCAGCCAAUCAGGGCCCAUCCAGGACUCUCUGACGGAAAAGAAUAUACAUACAGUGACGCUGGAGGAAGCAGAAGUUACAGAAGAAGAAUCAACAGUGAGGCAAAAGCGGAAAAAGUGUGAAAAGGACAUAACAUUCAUAGAAUACCAUGUGAACGAGGAGGCACUUCCUCCAAAGAAGAAGAAAAAGAAGAAGUCCAGAGAGUAAUGCUUGAAUAGUGAUUUGGUUAUUGAUUAAUAGGUUUGACUUGGCUGCUUGGGGAAGUGAGCCUUACUUUGAAACGGCUUACGUGCCAAACAUUGAUCUGAAAGCGGCUGUGCUCUCACAUGAAAUGGGCCUUUCAAUGAAUUUAAAUGUUUUUGAUUAACUGGAGACUCAUGGUAGUGAUGAAAUCCAACAACAGUGCCUCUUCUCCAGGUUGAACAACCUCAUGUUUUUGCUAUCAUAUAGAUUUUGAUCAAGUUUAGGGCCCCAGAGCAAGGGACAAAACUGUAAUCAGAUUAUUGUGAAAUCAUGAUGUGUCAUUGUCGGGCCAGGCAGUCCCUGCAGCUGUACGAUUUAUCAUAAGGCUGUUUUUCUCACGAUUAUCAGAGCCGAUGAGGUGAUUGUACUUGAUGAUUAUUAUAUUUUAAGUAAUUAUGCUGCUUUGAACCACGUUUGGACCUCCUGCAAGUCACUGAUUUGAUGAGUUGGCAGAGAGAGGAACCACACUCUGAAACCUUAACCUAAACUGUCAAAUAAUUACAGCCUGAUAUGGUUUACUGCAUUUUUCCUCAAUUGACUGCUCUAUAUGAAUAUGUAUCCUUUUGUGGAAAAUAAAGACUUCCAUAAAUUA